AUGGCCCAGCGCGCUUCCCAAAACCCGGACCGCCCAACUCCACCCAAGUGGGACGCGCCUCUGGUGCGCAGCAGUUGCGAUUCUUGCGGGGAAUCCAAGACCCGGUGCAGCAGAGAGAAACCUGCUUGUCGUCGUUGCGUUCGAAAAAACAUUGUAUGCUUCUACUCCGUACCCAAGCGUCCCGGAAGGCCGACAACGAAGAGACAGCGAAGCACGGCGGAUGCUCUCUCAGAGAGUUCUCGGUCUCACAACUCUCCUACAGCAUCACCCAGAGCGAUAAUCUCCACAGAUGAGACAGACAACGAUCCAGCUGAUCGUAGCUAUACUCCGCCCACUGUAAGCGACGAUUCAUCAGCAACGAUCAAUCUCCCACUCAAUCCGCAACCAACCACGCCAGGAGAUGAUUUAUGGAUGUCGAUGCUAUCUUCCCCGGAAAUGAACGAUCUGUACGGCACUGGCGACUUCGAAGACUUCUCAUACGAUGCAUCGCUUGCCAACAUGGAMCUGGACAUCUACACUGCAGAGACCCACAAGGCCGUCGGACAGGCGUUAGAUGCAGCCUCCCUUCUCGUCUGCACAGUCACCGACGGCAUACCAAAUGCACCCUCCUGUGACUUGCCAACGAAUGUACUGCCAAUUACCAAUGGCCAAAGCUCGUCCAUGGCAGCUUUGUCUUCUCUGUUCGAACAGGGAAAUUGUGCCGAAAACGACGUGGUCAGCUGUGGGGAAUCAUCAAACCACGACCCUCCAAGAUCCUGCUGCUGUCAUGUCCGUGCACUCAAACUUUUAGCGGAACCCUCGCCGCCCAACAGCCUACCAUCCAGCGGAGCCCAUGAUCUGGACACUGUACUCGAUCGAAAUGCAGCGGCAACAGCCGCAGUUGUUGAGAUACUGCAGUGUCAUUGCAAGAAAGAUGCAUACAUUCUAUUUCACAUUUCUCUCGCCCUGUACAAGGCACUUCAAUGGUACGAAGCCACCGUUUCGGCUGAUGUACCUCUUCAAGACUCAAAUUCACGAACCUCCAUUGCGGGAAGGAAGCCUAGCGAUGCAGCAAGCCGCAAGGCGAUACAACUCGUUCUCUCCCAACUUCCUGGUUUCCAGCAAGCCACUUGUGCCCUGAGUGACCACUCCGAAGCCGCGAAACGUUUGGCAGGAACAGAUAAUCUGAGUACUUUGAGCACUCUCUUAGAGACUCUAAUACGAGAUUUGAGUAAUUAUACUCGAGGGCUCGCAAGGAAGGCAAUUGUGCGUCUUAGAUGA